GAUCCUAGCGGAAACAAGAUUAAAGUUGUGACUAAUGCAACUAGUGAGACGUCAGUUGUGCAAGACAGUCUUCAGCUGAGUGAUGAACCUCCGUUUGGUUCUUGGGUUAUUGAGGUCUCCCUUGUGGAUGCAAAAGAGACAUCCUCACUGACAUUUGAAGUUUCUCAGUAUGAGCUGCCCACGUUUGAAGUGACAGUGGAAACACAACAAUAUGCUCUCAUCAGUGAUGAACUGCUCACAGGCACGAUCAAAGCAGAAUACACUUAUGGUCAGCCAGUGAAGGGCUUUGUGGAGAUUCAUGUGGGACCAGACCAGGGACCUGACCAAUGUGGAGUUCUACCUAAAUCCACACAGAUUGGUUUGGAGAUUCAAGUGACCACACCAGACGGCAAACCUCCGGUAAACAAAAACAUCACCGUCUCUGUGUACACAACUGUGAACUACCAGCUCACCGUCCCUGACCAAGCACUGUACAAUGUUGAUCAGUUCACUGGAACUUACGGUCUACCUGGGCAAAAUCUGACUCUCCCCGCUAGUGGUCUGCUGGCUGUUAACAUUGAGAUUCCUAAAAAUGCUACCAGCAUUACAAUUCAGGCCACAGUAGGUGCCGUUGAAGUGAUCAAGACUGUGCAAAAGGUGUUCUCACCAAGCAACAACUACCUGCAGCUGUCUCUGGAGAACAAAGUCAUCAAGUCUGGGACAACACUGACUGUUAAUGUGGCUGCUACAUUGCCUGUGGAAAAACUGUUCUAUAAGGUGUAUUCCAGAAGCAGUUUGGUAGUUUCAGGAGUUGUGGAUGGAAAUAACAGGACAUCUUUCACCUUUGAACUCAGUGUAAACUCAGAAUUUGCUCCGAAUAGCCAUCUUUUGGCCUUUAUUUUACUAGGGACACAGGAAAUUAUUGCAGACAGCCUGUCCUUCCAGGUAGAGGGCCUCUUUAACAAUGAGGUGACAGUUUCAUUCAAUAAAAAUCAGACAGAACCAAACACGGAGAUCAUUCUACAAGGCACAGCCAAACCAGGUUCUACGAUAUUUUUUUUAGCUGUUGACCAAAGUGUGUUGUUGCUGAAAACUGGCAAUGAUAUUACACCUGAGAAG